AUGUGCUGUGCGUCGAACAAAGUCCGAUUGACUCGGUUCCGAAAUUUUCCAACGGUACUACGAUCACUCUACCUUGGUCAAGAUAACGAUUCCAAGCAUUUCCGACAGUACAUUAGAAACUACAACAACUCAUUGGCGAUGGCUUCGAUGACGGCUAAGAUCGAGACGCCUCGCGGUUACGGUCCGUAUUGUUUCCGCGUUCAUGGCCAAGUCUACCAUUCGUUUGGAGGUCUCUAUCCCCGCGAAGCUGAAGCGCCCAAGUGUGCUCAAGUCUUAAUUAUGGACACUGAAGUGGCAGCCCACGAACUUGCGGGUCGACAAGUCAACACGGGCUGCCGAGAGACAAUCUUUCGUCUUCUACAUGAACUCUUGAGGAGUACAAAUCCAUAUGCUCAAGCAUUCAGGCUAAUGGCCGAUGUCGUUCGCGAUGAAACGCACGAAGCAGAGCUCCAGGGUCGUCAUACGAGAUCGGUUAGAAUGGUGUUCGAACACAGGACGGUCGACGAUCAACGUCGCUACAAUGCUGCGACAGCCAAUGAAGUCGCCGUCGUCUACGUGGGAGACGAAGACAAUAUUCCAGGAGAGUGUCGUUUAGUAGUGUAUGAAAAGACCGGCAGUCUUCGUAGUAUUCCUCAUCUCGAUGAGCGUUGUGAUCCUCUCGCGUAUCCGCUUUUGUUUCCAACUGGGGAAGGUGGUUGGCAUCCCGGGAUGCAGCGAGAAACAUCGAAUAUGGAUCUACAUUCAGAUGGCGUUCCGACCGCGAGAUCUCGAAUCACCCAAAAAGACUUCUACUCAUUCCUGCUGUUAAGUCGGACCUCUGUCUUCAAUCCUUUGCAUCACGCGGGCAAACUCCUGCAGCAAUACAUCGUUGACAGUUGGAUUAAGAUCGAGAUGAAUCGCCUGAACUAUAUCCGCCUCAAUCAACGUCAACUAAGGCUUGACACCGUUCGCGGUUUGCAGGACUUCAUGCUCGGUGAUACCGAUAGUGAUGGACCACCGGGCCGGAGGAUCAUUUUAGCGGCUUCCUUUACUGGAGGACCCCGAUACAUGGUAGCGCAGUACCAAGAUGCCAUGAGUAUCGUGUCGAAAUACGGAAAACCCGAUCUGUUCCUUACCUUCACUUGCAACCCGACCUGGCCAGAAAUCGUCGACAACCUCGCACCCGGUCAAGUAGCCUCUGAUCGACCGGAUUUAAUAGCGCGGGUCUUCCAGCUCAAAGUCAAAGCAUUUUGCAAUGAAGUCAUCAAGAACCAAGUAUUAGGCGAGGUCGCCGCAUACAUUUAUGUGAUCGAGUUCCAGAAGCGGGGCUUACCCCACAUGCACAUGUUGCUGACCCUCACCGCUGAUUCAAAACUCAGAACCCCUGCAGAAGUUGAUAGCUUGAUCAGCGCAGAGAUCCCCGAUCCAUCCAACGAAGCCGCGUUAUACGAAAUCAUUUCCAAGUGUAUGAUCCACGGUCCGUGUGGGAAGCUGAAUCCUUCUUCGCCAUGUAUGGUUGACGGGAAAUGCUCGAAACGCUUCCCCAAAGCUUUCAAUAACGACACAUCGCUCUCUACAGAAGGUUAUCCAGAGUACAGACGCCGUGAGGAUGGCCGUUCGAUAUGGCGCAACAAACAUCGAGUAGAUAACCGCUCAGUCGUUCCUUAUUGCCCUUAUUUAUCGUUAAUGUUUGGAGCACAUAUCAACGUCGAGGUAUGUGCUCUUCUCCACGCCAUCAAAUAUCUCUUCAAGUACCUCUAUAAGGGACCGGAUCGCGCAAGACUCCGGUUGCAUCAAGGAGAACCAUCUGAGGACGAAGCCUUAGAUGAGAUCACCGAUUACUGGGAUGCACGGUACGUUUGCGCCCCAGAGGCAGCUCAUCGAAUCUUCGGCUUCGCCCUGAGCGAUCGCAGUGAUGCCGUCACUAGAUUGCAAGUUCAUCUGCCGGGGUUCGAGACUGUGCGCUUCGAAGCAGGGACCGAAGAAUCCGCAUUGACGGCAGCGAGGUACCGUUUCUCCACUUUGACGGCUUUCUUCGAUAAGAACGCCCGGUGUCAGAAUUUGGAAAACGAGCAAGGAUCAUUCCCUUCAGAUAUGAUAGAUAGCCGUAAGCUUCGCUACAAUGAAAUGCCGGAGAAGUUUAUCUUCAAGAAUGAGAUGUGGCAAGAUCGGAAACGCAAUACAACAAAAACAAUUGGGCGGAUGUACUUCGUCAGCCCUCAUGAUCAUGAGCGGUUCGCCUUGCGACUCCUGCUCCUCUAUGGAAAGGGCUUCACGUCCUACCAAGAUGUUCGAACCGUCAAUGGUGUCGAGUAUCCGUCCUUCGUCGAGGCAGCUAGGGCGAAAUACCUCAUGGAGGACUUUCUUAAUGCUGGCAUGACAGCAGUCGCUGCUGAAUCCAGAGCGUUCCAUGAUAUAGCACGUCGGCUCGAGGACCUCGGCAGAGAUAUUCGAAUGAUAGUACCGCUUGAUAUUCCUGAGCCGCUGCCAAGUAUGACGGCUAUUGAUUUCGAGCACCACCAAUCUCAAGGAGACCAAAGGUAUCGAUUGCUGAAUCACGAGCAGAAGUUUGUUGUGGACACCAUCAUGCAAGCAACAAGCAAUCGACAUGGUCAAUGUUUCUUCAUUGACGGGCCAGGUGGCAGCGGGAAAACAUUCGUUUACACGACGAUAUAUCAUCUAGCAGUCUCAAGGAAUCUCACUGUGCUGAAUGUUGCCUGGACUGGGAUUGCGGCUAAUUUACUACCAAACGGUCGAACUGUGACUUCUGCCUUUCGCCUAAUUGUUCCAGGCAACAACCGAUCAUCGAGCAUGAAACGCCAAUCGAAAGAAGCUCAAACUCUUCGUGAAACCGACAUCAUCGUCUGGGACGAAGCUCCGAUGGCUCCGAAAACCGCGCUAGAGACAAUCGACAUGUUACUUCAAGAUAUCAUGCAAAACACCGCACCCUUCGGUGGGAAAAUUAUGGUCCUUGGAGGAGAUUUCCGCCAAAUUCUGCCAGUGGUCGAAAAAGGAUCUCGACGCCAAAUCGUGGAGUCGUGUCUCAAACACUCCGAUUUGUGGAAACAUUUCCAUCAGCUUGAAUUGACGCACAAUAUGCGAUUGACUGAGACUGAUACAAUUUUCCGAAAUUGGCUCCUCCAGGUGGGAAACGGAGAGCUACCCGCUAUCAUGGAAGUCCCCCAAGACCUACGAUACCGGGAAAACCUCGCCGAUGAAGUUUAUGGGGCAGCUUUCUCCGAUUUUCAAAAUCUUGAUCUCACCGAAAUAUGCAUUUUGACGCCGAAAAAUGCUGAAGCUCACCGGAUCAAUGAUAUCGUCCUCGAUAAAUUUCCUACUCUCAAAACGACAUUCUUGAGUCAGGACGAUGCGAUCGUAGAGGACCCCAGCGACGCCUACAACUUCCCGACGGAAUUCCUGAACAAAAUGACACCUGCUACACUUCCGCCUCACGAAUUGCACUUGAAAGAGGGAUGCAUAGUAAUGCUCUUACGUAACUUGGAUGUGAAGAAUGGACUGUGCAAUGGAACGAGAUUAGUCGUCGACACGAUUCUCUCCAGAGUGAUUAUCUGCAGCUUCGCGACAGGAUGCAAAAAGGGAUCGUCAGUAUUCAUCCCGCGAAUCGAUUGCUACUACAAUCACGUGUCACUGCCGUUCCGACUUCGACGGAGGCAGUUUCCGAUUCGAUUGAGCUUCGCGAUGACUAUAAAUCGCUCUCAAGGCCAAACGUUUUCGCGAGUCGGCAUCGAGCUCCAAGAGCCGAUAUUCGCGCACGGCCAACUUCACGUUGCCUUAUCGCGAGCGACGAGCCGUGCUGCCAUUACCAUAUCAGCUCUCGAGAAUCGCAUGAGAAAUAUUGUUUAUGAGGAGGUUCUGCGAUAA